AAAGCUAUACUCAACUUUAAGCUACCACGCGAAAUAUAAGCUCAACGAGAUAUCUCUGAAGUACAGUCACUAGCAAGAUGAAGGCAUACUGGUUCGACAACCUUCCAGGCGACCAACGCCAACCCCACAACUCUGGGCGCUCAGUUGACCCAAACUACCUGCAAAAGCUGGGCGUUAUCUACUACCACGUACCCGAGGUCUCCGGUGUUGACGAGAUCGCCACAUCCCGCAAUUACAAGAAUCGUGAUGAAAUCACCGUCAGCCCGGAGAAGAUGGGUGAUAUUUACGAGGAGAAAGUCAAGUCUUUCUUUCACGAGCACUUGCACGAAGACGAAGAAAUUAGAUACAUUCUAGAUGGCGCGGGUUAUUUCGACGUCAGGAGCGAGGUGGACGACUGGGUGAGGAUCUGGCUUGAGAAGGGUGACUUGAUCAUUCUGCCAAGUGGGAUCUAUCACCGAUUUACUACUGAUGAGCAGAACUAUACAAGGGCCAUGCGCUUGUUCAAGGACGAGCCGAAGUGGACGCCGCUUAACAGGGGAGAGGAGACGGACGAGAACCAGUACCGGAAGGAGUAUCUGAAGCUCAGACAAGGGCUUACAACUUGAGUUCUACUAGUUGCGUGCUGGGGAAAAAGCAGUUUUCGCCGCACAAUUGACCAUGCCUAAAACUGCAA